CGUUUCGCUGUGAAUGCCAGCGGCGGACGCUUGCAUUCAGCUGUUUGUAAUUUAUUUGCAAGGACCGAAUCUGCUUCUGAAUAAACACAAUAAACACAGAGAUUUGGCCAUGAAAACGGAGUCCAACGAGAAGUGGGUGGUGUGCCGCGUCUGCCUGAACAACCCCGGCGAGGGCGAGGAGCCGCUGCACGAGAUAUUCAGCCAGACAGCCAGCACCCGCCUCGACCAAAUGCUGCACAUAUGCGCAGGCAUCCCCGUCAGCCUGGACGACAAGUUCCCGGACAAGAUGUGCAGUAAGUGCGUGCGCUGCCUGCGGCUGUGCUACAAGUUCCGACUGACCUGCCAGCGAUCCCACCAGCACAUCAUGGACAUGCUGCUCAGGGAGGCCAGCAACGCCAGUUCCGCCGGCAACGAUGACGUCCUUACCCUCUCCGACGACCUGACGGUGGAGAGCGUGGUCAAGACCUGGGAGGAGGACGCCAGCCAGAUGGAUGACGGUUUCAAGGUGGAGGAGGGUGAUUUCCAGCCGGAGGAGCAACAGCAGGUUAUCACUUAUGUUGUGGAUGAUGGCGACGGCGGAGAUACUAUUAUGUUCGAUGAGGAGGAUCCCAGCCAAGCGGUCUUCGAUGGGGAGCACACGGUGGCCGAGGAGGCAGAUGCUGUGUAUGAGGAUUAUGAACUGCUCACCAGCGAGAACUCAACGGAAGUCAGCCAGGAAAACCUCGCUAGCAUUGCCAAGCCGACCACAGAAGAAUAUCCCUAUGACGACCUGGCAGAAGACAUACUCAGCUCCGAUGAAAGCUAUGUUCCCGAGGGCAAGCCAACGCCAACAAAGUCGCCAAGUCGCGAGCGACCGAAGCGGAAGCCUGCUCCAGUCCGCAGACACAGCACAGAAGAUGAACCCGCUAAGAAGAAGCUGGGUAGGAAGCCGCGCAACAAGCUGACCACCUACAUCUGCGACGUGUGCGGGAAUAUAUAUCCCACACAGGCCCGCCUCACGGAGCACAUGAAGUUCCAUUCCGGUGUCAAACCGCACGAGUGCGAGAUCUGCGGACGAGGCUUUGUCCAGAACCAGCAGCUGGUGCGUCAUAUGAACACGCACACCGGGAACCGGCCCUACAAAUGCAACUACUGUCCAGCUGCCUUCGCCGACAGAUCCACCAAAACCAAACAUCACAGAAUUCACACCAAGGAGCGCCCGUACGAGUGCGAUGUUUGCUCCAGAGCCUUCACCUACUCGGAUAACCUGAAGUUCCACAAAAUGAUUCACACGGGCGAGAAGCCGCAUGUCUGUGAUCUUUGCGGCAAGGGCUUUGUGAGGGCCUACAAGAUGCGAUUGCAUCGGGGAACGCACGAGAGACGAGGUCAAUUGAGACCGGAUGCGGACAUGGGCGCUGAGGGAGAAGUAGUUAAGGAGGAGGCUCCAGAGUUUCUCAGCUAACUCCCCCAAAUAGGGGCAUUUCCUUUGUGUUGAUAUCGAUAGGACUUUAGUUUUAGGAUCGAAUGCCAUUGUUAUAGCUCUUCCAUUAAACAGUGUAAGCAUGGAUUUACAUUUGGAAAAUGAGUUCACGCGUUGAUUAGUGAAAUGGUGUAAUCGUUCGUGUAUAUAGUACAUUCUUAACUACUUAAAAUAUUACGUUAACAAUAAAAUAGAGUACAAUUUUUGUCUUAAUAA